AUGUGUCGGAUAUUGAACAGAAAGCGAGACAUGCUCAAAUCAUUUCAGGUUAUUUUCGUUAAAUCAGCGAAGCGAGAUGCAUCGACGGGGCGGAUCGGCAACACCGACUGGUGCCAGUGCGGAUGUUGCGCGCAGAUGCCGACAGCUGACGAGUGCGUCUGCUGCCGCGAGUACCCCGCCGCCGCGUCGAGGCAACCUGGCUGCCUAACAAGCAACCCGGAUUUCGAGACGGUGUGCUUGAAUCCGGGGGUGCUCGAGGUCGCCUACCUCAUGAUGCGCCACUACCGCCAGGACGGAAUGGGCACAACAGCGCACGAGCGCAACCGCUACGCCGCCUACCGGCAGUGCGUCCUGUGGCUGUGGCGGCGCCUUGGCCAGCACAACAGGCGACCACUGCCAUCCUGUGUGGUGAAGGCCAUCAGGGGCCGGUUUCCCGACACUUCGUAUUCUGGCUUUCGGCACAGUCACUGAAAGCCACUCUGGGGGCUCAAACAUAUGAGGGUAAGUCAAAACGUAUCUGCAAUGUGGCUAUAACGUUUCGUACAUUGUUUUUACUGACUUCUGUCUUCGUUUAUUUUAUUGUUAUGCCGU